UCAUUGUUAAAAACUGCUUACAAUAACAAAAUAUGUUCAUUGUUAAAAACUGCACACAAUAACAAAAUAUGUUCAUUGUUAAAAACUGCUUACAAUAACAAAAUAUGUUCAUUGUUAAAAACUGCAUACAAUAAGAAAAUAUGUUCAUUGUUAAAAACUGCUUACAAUAACAAAAUAUGUUCAUUGUUAAAAACUGCUUACAAUAACAAAAUAUGUUCAUUGUUAAAAACUGCACACAAUAACAAAAUAUGUUCAUUGUUAAAAACUGCUUACAAUAACAAAAUAUGUUCAUUGUUAAAAACUGCAUACAAUAACAAAAUAUGUUCAUUGUUAAAAACUGCACACAAUAACAAAAUAUGUUCAUUGUUAAAAACUGCUUACAAUAACAAAAUAUGUUCAUUGUUAAAAACUGCAUACAAUAACAAAAUAUGUUCAUUGUUAAAAACUGCAUACAAUAACAAAAUAUGUUCAUUGUUAAAAACUGCAUACAAUAACAAAAUAUGUUCAUUGUUAAAAACUGCACACAAUAACAAAAUAUGUUCAUUGUUAAAAACUGCUUACAAUAACAAAAUAUGUUCAUUGUUAAAAACUGCAUACAAUAACAAAAUAUGUUCAUUGUUAAAAACUGCAUACAUACGCAGAAUGAAAUUUGAAAAGUUUAAGAACCACCCAUUUGUUAACGAGGACACUCUGAUAUAA